GGGGGCGGGAAGACUGGCGGCUCCGUGAUUGGUCGAGGGCGCGGCGGAGGCCUUGGAGGCACGGGCCGUCGGGAGUGAGCGAGGUGACUCGCGCUGCGUGCGCUGACGGAGACAAAGCGGGGUCCUGAGGUAGCGGUGCGGGCGGCGGCGACGGCGGCGGCGACGGCGGAGAAGUCCUGAACGCUGAAUGUCGUGACGCCGCUCUUGUCGUCAUCUGUGCAGGCUCGGCGUGGCGCGCGCGCGCGCGCUCGGGCGGCGGCGGCGGCGGCGGCGGCGGAGGCAGCAGCGGCAGCACAUGGUUCCAAGAGCGCGCUGCGGUGGUUGAGUUCCAAUUCCGCGGGGAGGGACAAAGGCAUCUGCGAGCUGCAGGCAACGCCCGAACGGAUCCGGGGGUGCGCUCGCCACGGCCCCCUGGUUCUCCUCCCUGGAUCUGGGACUAACUCCUCUCUGGCAGGAGCGAGGAGGUGGCCACAGGACCCGGGCCUGGGAAGGCCUGCGGGCCCGAGGCUGUCUUCGGAAGGGAGUGGGGGCAGGGCACGCCCGAGGUGAUUCGGGGAGGGUGGCGUGUGCGGUGUUUUCUGUGGGCCACUGUGAGUAAUUUCACCCAUCACCUGUGGUGAUUGGGGCAUCCUAGCCAGCUGUGGUGGGCCGGGGCUCGGGGCAGGAAAUCGCCAGGCAGCACCGAGGACCUUUCACUUGGGAAGCGGUGAAGCGGGAAAUAGCAUCCACUCCUCCGCCGCACUGGCCAGUAGAACACUUGUUUGAAGAGCCUGGUGUCUUCGGUGGUGGCGGCGAAGUCUCCCGUGGUAAUGACGUAGGUGGACCGUCGACUUUCUGGCAGAAGUAGGUCAAUUUCCUGAUUCUUUUCAGGAAACAGAGAAGGACUGGAAGACCACGAAGAUGAAGCAGAAAUAAACCGCCAACUUUGAAGACCAUUCAGAAGCAUUCGUUUUUUUGACGCAACGCAAUUGCAUGGAGGAAGCUUGACCCUCACCACUCUUAAGGACUGUAGGUUUAGGAUGUAGUUCUUUCCAAAAUAUUACAUCAUAGUCACCAAAAUACUUAAAUCACUUGCAGUUUCAAAUGUCUGACUAUAUUUUGGAUAGAUACUAGGGAAAUUUUAUGUGUCACUAAGAAGCCCACAUUUACCCCUUAUUGGACAGAACCCUAGGAAAACCUUUUCCGUCGUAUGUACUUCCCCUGUUAACGGGUAAAGACUGGAGACUCAUUGCAGUCAUGGCCUUCACCAAUUACAGCAGUCUCAACCGAGCUCAACUAACCUUUGAAUAUCUGCACACAAAUUCAACCACUCAUGAAUUCUUGUUUGGUGCUCUUGCUGAACUGGUUGAUAAUGCAAGAGAUGCUGAUGCCACCAGAAUAGACAUUUAUGCUGAGAGGCGGGAAGACCUUCGAGGAGGAUUUAUGCUUUGCUUUUUGGAUGAUGGAGCAGGAAUGGAUCCGAGUGAUGCUGCCAGUGUGAUCCAGUUUGGAAAGUCAGCCAAACGAACACCUGAGUCCACCCAAAUUGGGCAGUAUGGCAAUGGAUUAAAAUCGGGCUCAAUGCGCAUCGGGAAGGAUUUUAUCCUCUUCACUAAGAAGGAAGACACCAUGACCUGCCUCUUCCUGUCUCGUACCUUUCAUGAGGAAGAAGGCAUUGAUGAAGUAGGUUUCAUCCUUGUGCCUGUCAAAGAGGUCCAUACUCAGAAGAGCUGGGUCUCCCGACAAGGUGGAAGCGGGCGAGAGCUGCUAGGAGGGAGGGGUGUUUUUUCUUUUGCAGAUUUGUGUCUGAAAUGGAGAACCCUCCCCUUCCAGCUGAGUUCAGUAGAAAAAGAUUAUCCUGAUACUUGGGUUUGCUCCAUGAACCCCGAUCCUGAGCAGGACCGCUGUGAAGCUUCUGAACAGAAGCAAAAGGUUCCCUUGGGGACAUUAAAAAAGGACCUAAAGACACAGGAAGAAAAGCAAAAGCAGCUGACAGAGAAAAUUCGCCAGCAGCAGGAAAAGCUAGAAGCUCUUCAGAAAACUACACCCAUCCGCUCACAAGCUGACCUGAAGAAAUUGCCCUUAGAAGUGACUACCAGACCUUCCACUGAAGAACCUGUGCGGAGACCUCAGCGUCCUCGGUCACCCCCUUUACCUGCAGUGAUCAAGAAUGCUCCUAGCAGACCCCCUUCUAUUCAUACUUCCAGACCAACUAGCCAACUCCGAAAGGCUUCGGUUAUCAGCAGUCCCCCAAAGCCGCCUACUACAGCAGCCCGAGGAGAAACUAGUACUUCCAGGCUGCUCCAGCCAGCUGAGGCACCCCGAAAGCCUGCAAACCCUCCCAUCAAGACUGUACCCCGACUCACCCUUCCUGUGCAGCCCCCAUCACCAUCUCUACUCCCUAACUCUAAGAACCUUCGGGAUGUCCCCGCUCAAAAAGCCAUCAAGACUCCAGUGGUCAAGAAGCCGGAGCCACCUGUGAAACAUUCUGUGGCAACCUCAGGUCGGAAGCGGAGUCUUGUAGUCUCUGAUGAGGAAGAGGCUGAAGAAGAAGCUGAGAAGAGGAAAGAGAGAUGCAAACGGGGCAAGUUUGCUGUGAAGGAGGAGAAGAAGGAGGCAAAUGAGCUUUCAGACAGUGCUGGGGAAGAUGACCCAGCUGAACUCAAGAAGGCUCAGAAAGAUAAAGGACUGCAUGUAGAGGUACGUGUGAACCGAGAAUGGUACACAGGUCGUGUCACAGCUGUAGAGAUGGGCAAGAAUGUGGUUCGGUGGAAAGUGAAGUUUGAUUACGUGCCCACAGACACAACACCAAGAGACCGCUGGGUAGAGAAAGGCAGUGAAGAUGUACGACUGAUGAAGCCACCUUCUCCAGAGCAUCAGAGUCCUGACACGCAGCAAGAAGGUGGUGAGGAGGAGGAAGCUGUGGUGACCCAGCAGGCUGUGGCCUUGCCAGAGCCCUCUACCUCUGAUGGUUUCAACAUUGAGCCAGACACUACUGCCUCAAGUACCAACCAUGAGACUAUUGACCUCCUGGUCCAGAUUCUUCGGAAUUGCUUGCGGUAUUUCUUGCCUCCAAGUUUCCCCAUCUCCAAGAAGGAGCUAAGUGCUAUGAAUUCAGAAGAACUAAUAUCUUUUCCUCUGAAAGAAUACUUCAAGCAGUAUGAGGUGGGGCUCCAGAAUCUGUGCCAUUCCUACCAAAGCCGUGCUGACUCACGGGCAAAAGCCUCAGAGGAGAGCUUGCGCACCUCUGAGAAAAAGCUUCGUGAGACAGAGGAGAAGUUACAAAAGUUGAGGACCAACAUUGUAGCACUCCUGCAAAAAGUACAGGAGGACAUAGACAUCAACACAGAUGACGAGCUGGAUGCCUACAUUGAGGACCUCAUCACCAAAGGGGACUGAGGAGCUGGGAGGCAGAUGAUUCCUCUGCAUACUUGCCCCUCAUCAGAGCAGCUUCUGGGGAGGGGGAUUUCAUUAGUGAGUUGGUGGACUUCAUCUUGGUUUGACUCAUGUGGGACAUUUGUGCUUUGGGAAGGAGAUUCCUUGAAUCUUCUUCCCUAAGUUUACAUAAAUAUUUAUUUUUUAAAAGAGAAGAUGUUAAUGCCUGCUGUGAGACAAUUCUUUCGUGUGACUCUUGAGGAAAGGGCACAGAGUCUGAGCCAUUGAGCUGGCACCUCAAGAUAGGACGAAGCAAGCACCAGCCUGAAGUUGGAGAGGCUGUGGGGGCAGGGUGAUUUUUCUCCUAGAGGAUCAACAAUGGAAUAUGAAAAAUUUAUGUCCGCAGGGACUCAGAUCUACAAGACCCACAAGGGGUGAUCAAAGCAGGCCCAGUAUCAGAAAGACUCCCUGUAACAGAUCUCCUGGUAUCCAGUCAGGGCUUUGAAGGUUUGUAGGCUACCUGAGCAGCUGUCAGAGUCAUCCUGGCUGUGGCAGUAUCCAGACAGCUUGGAGAUAAUUCUUGAUGCUCAAAUUUCCCUGCACCACCUACUUUGUUGCUGAAGGAGCCAUUUCCCAAGUCAACCACACUGUCCAAGCUCAAGUGUGGACAGCUCUGACUGGUCAGAUUGCUGGGCUGGAUAGCACUCUGAAUGUUGAACUCCAAAGAUUCUCAGGGUGUGCAGGUGUGGAAGAGCUCUCUGGAGGAGGAGGCUUCCUCAGUGGUGCUAGUUCUUGGAGAGCCUUUGCUGCUGCUUUUCUACUAUGUUCUCUGUGGGCUCCAGAGAGUCCAGCACCUCCCAUACUCUGGAACAGUGAGGAGGAGGAGGAGGAGGAGAAGGAGGGACCAUGUUCUUCAGACAGUUACUCAGAGCCAGAAAGGCAAGAGCUUCAUCUGAUGGCCAUUGGGAGAAUUCUGCUUCCAGUCCCACCAACUCUUCACUCCUGUUGAAGACCACUGAAGACAGAACUGUGACUUUGUUCUCUUGAUCUAAACCAUCCUGGGAUUUGUUUCCUCCAUCACCCGAGUCCCAUGGUGUUUGCAGAAUUCGGGGAAGUGGUGGUGAGGGAACUGUGCACAUGUGGCUGGAAGUGCCUGCUUGGGUUCUAGGCUACCCCAGACUAUCCUGUCAGGCAAUCCCUGAUGCAGAGUUGUUUGCAGGGGAGUAUCAUUCAGAAGUAGUCCUCUUCUCUGGAACGUUCUCCAAUAGAUGGGGUUCCUGAGUUGGUGCACAUAACCCACCAGUCCAACUUUCUGUUGACCCUAUCCAGGCAGUGUGUGAUCCAUUUUUGUCUGUAAACCCACUGUUUAAAAGAAAAUUGGUCCUGCAUUUUUAUUGGCAGGUAAUACUUUUUUUUUUUUAACCUACACAUGUAAUCAAAAUGUGUUACCAUAAAUUUCUACUGGUGAGACUCCUGAGUUGAGUGCAUUCUUAUGUGAAAUACAAGACCUUUCUCUUCA